CCUCCGCCUCGCUGGUGUCUGCGCCGGAAGCAGGAAGUAGGAAGAGCAGUACAGCUGUGCUCCGUGGCUAACAGAGAAGCUAACAGGCUAACCUCAGCGGUGGAAGUACCAGGCUCCGUUGACCAAACCAGAUCCUCUACAGCGACUUUGACGCUCCGAAUCCAACAUGGGGAAGGGCGGAGGCACAUUUGAGAGGCUUCUCGAUAAAGCCACCAGUCAGCUGCUGCUGGAGACAGACUGGGAAUCCAUCCUGCAGAUCUGUGAUCUCAUUCGACAAGGAGACACACAGGCUAAAUAUGCUAUCGGAGCCAUCAAGAAGAAGCUGAAUGACAAAAAUCCACAUGUGGCCCUGUACGGACUGGAGGUGCUUGAGUCAGUUGUGAAGAACUGUGGCCAGACAGUCCAUGAUGAGGUGGCAAGUAAACAAACUAUGGAGGAGCUGAAGGAUCUGCUCAAGAAACAGACGGAACCCAAUGUCAGAAACAAGAUCCUUUACCUGAUCCAGGCCUGGGCUCACGCCUUCCGCAAUGAACCCAAAUACAAGGUGGUUCAAGAUACUUAUCAGAUAAUGAAAGUGGAAGGCCAUGUGUUCCCUGAGUUUAAGGAGAGUGAUGCAAUGUUUGCAGCUGAGAGAGCCCCAGACUGGGUUGAUGCUGAGGAGUGCCAUCGCUGCAGAGUCCAGUUUGGAGUCAUGACAAGAAAGCACCACUGUCGAGCCUGUGGCCAGAUUUUCUGUGGCAAGUGUUCGUCUAAGUACUCCACCAUUCCGAAGUUUGGCAUUGAGAAGGAAGUGCGUGUUUGUGAGCCCUGCUUUGAGCUGCUCAACAACCACCCCUCCCUCUCUCCUCCACUUAGGAAGGCUGAAGGCAAAGCCCCGGGUUCCACAGGUACUCCUGAACUGCCUCCUGAGUACCUGACCAGCCCACUGUCCCAACAGUCACAGAUGCCGCCCAAGAGAGAUGAGGCAGCACUGCAGGAGGAGGAAGAGCUGCAGCUGGCCAUUGCCCUGUCCCAAAGUGAGGCUGAGGAGAAGGAGCGCAUGAGGCAUAAGAACUCGUACUCGGUGUAUCCCAAAGCUGAUCCCACCCCAGUGACCUCCUCAGCACCACCAGUCAGCACCCUCUACACUUCCCCUGUGAACUCCUCUGCUCCAUCAGCUGAUGAGGUAGACCCUGAGCUGGCCCGUUACCUGAACAGAACAUAUUGGGAGAAGAAACAUGAAGAGGCUCGCAAAAGUCCCACCCCAUCAGCCCCUGCCCCUGUGCCAAUGGCAGAGCCCCUUCCAGCAAUCACCCAGCCUGUAGAAACUCAUGUCCCUGUCCAGCCAGUCAGCAUAGUGGAGCAGCAGUACCAGAAUGGGGAGUCAGAAGAGAACCAUGAGCAGUUUCUGAAGGCUCUGCAGAAUGCCGUCUCCACUUUCCUUAACCGGAUGAAAAGCAACCACAUGCGUGGACGCAGCAUCACCAAUGACAGCGCUGUGCUCUCCCUCUUCCAGUCCAUCAAUAACAUGCAUCCACAGCUCCUGGACAUCCUCAACCAGCUGGAUGAGAAACGAUUGUACUAUGAGGGGCUGCAGGACAAGCUGGCCCAGGUGCGCGACGCCCGGGCAGCUCUCAACGCCCUUCGUGAUGAACACAGGGAGAAGCUGCGUCGUGCUGCAGAGGAAGCAGAGAGGCAGAGACAGAUCCAGCUGGCGCAGAAACUGGAGAUAAUGAGGCAGAAAAAACAGGAGUACCUGGAGAUGCAAAGACAGCUGGCCAUCCAGCGCCUCCAGGAGCAGGAAAAGGAGAGGCAGAUGCGACUGGAGCAGCAGAAGCACACAAUCCAGAUGAGAGCCCAGAUGCCUGCGUUCUCUCUGCCCUACGCCCAGAUGCAGUCUCUGCCCCCGAAUGUGGCAGGAGGGGUGGUGUACCAGCCCGGUGCUCCACCCAGCUACCCAGGCACCUUCAGUCCUGCUGGUUCUGUGGAGGGUUCACCUAUGCAUAACAUCUAUAUGAACCAGCCUGGGCAGACUGCACCUCCACAGUAUCAGGCAAUGCCCAGUGCUGCCACAGAUCCAAAUAUGGUUAACACGUACAUGUACCAGGCUGCGGGCUCGAAUGGGCAGCCUGCUCCUCCUCCUGGUCAGGCUCCACCCACUACAAGUCCACCCUACUCCAACUAUCAACCCACACCCACACAGGGAUACCAGAAUGUGGUCUCUCAGGCCCAGAGUCUGCCUCCCAUGUCCCAGGCUGCACCCACGAAUGGUAUGGGUUAUAUGGGCUACCAGCCAUACACCAUGCAGAACAUGAUUUCAGCAUUGCCAGGACAGGACCCCAAUAUGCCCCCCCAACAGCCAUACAUGCCAGGCCAGCAGCCCAUGUACCAGCAGGUGGCUCCCCCCGGUGCCCCUCAGCAGCAACAGCAGCAGGUGGCACAGCAGCAGACCCCUCAGGCUGUGCCGGGCAGCGCAGAGGCACAGCUCAUCUCCUUUGACUGAAAGCUCACGGGCUGCAGGCACUCACACACUACGUCCUCUCUCUUCCUUCGGUCUUUCCUCUCCCCUUCUGGACUCUCAGGAUGCCCUCUGGAAACACACACACACACACACACACACCUCCAACCAUCCACCUAGCUAUGAUGUUGUGGCAACGUGAAAUAUUGUGAUGAUGUUGCUCUCCUUGCCUCUCUCCCACUGAAUUAUGGGAAUGUGAGGUGGAAGCUGUGAGAGAGGGCACCAUAACCCAGACCCCCCUCCACCCUCCUCCUCCCUCUAUCCACCUGACAUGUAUGUAGUACUUCCUUAAUAAAUGAAUAACUGAAGUUCAGAAAUAGUUGUGGUAUUAAAGUUAAACAUGAAUAAGAAAAUAUAACAAAUUAGGAGAAAAAAAUCACAUAACCAUCCUUUGUCUCAUAUUUUUCUAAAGCAAAAUUUGCAUGUUAAGUUUCAAUUAUUUUCAGGAAUGGAAGUUAAAUAUUGCAGUUUGGGGAGCGCAUGAGAAGCACCAGAGUUUGUGCUGAAAUAAAUGGCGCUAACUCUCCACCUCCAUCAGGUUCACGGCUUGACAUUCCAGUUGUAGUUUUCAGUUCCAUCCCAUCUAUGCACACAGAUACUCACACACCCAGGUCCUCUUAUCUUGCUUUGGCAUUUAUUUGUUGUGCACUGCUUGGACUUUUAGUGUCUUAAUGUUGUUUCUGAGAUGACGAAACAGAGAUUAUACACUGUGGGGGAUAUUAGAAAAGUAGCUUGAUGGUUGUUUUAUCCUCAGUAAAAAUAAAUCCAUAAAUUAGUCAUUGAAAUCAAAAAACUACAUGCCAUAAAAUGUGCAUACUAAAGCAGUCCAGCAACUCUAAAAGCAUCAGACAUCCCUUUAUAUUAAAAUAACUUGUGUUGCUGAACAUACCAUUAAGAACAUUAAGAAGCAUGGGAUGCUGCAUCGUGUGUGCGUUUAGUUGUAACAGUCACAGUUGAGGGUAUCUACAUGAUAAGUACAGGUGGGCAUUCUUUUUUUUUCAAGUGUACUUUGUUCUCCAGAUGUUCGGAAAUGAUUGAAGGGUGAACAUGAUGUGCUGCAUGUAUGUACCACACGCCCAAUAAGUGAUUUCUGUUGCCGGUCAGUUGCCAUCUGUGAACUUCUUUAUUCUAUCAUACUGAUCUGUCUGACGUAAUUUUGAAAUUAUAUUUAAUAAAUAUCUGGUUCCUAUUGUCCA